AAUUAACAAAUCAAUGGGAUCUUGUUCCCCAAAAAAAUUUCAAAUUACCAAUUCCCUAACAAAAAAUAGCUAAAUCCCUUAAGAUUAGCCUUCUUAAAGAAGGUCAUGGAUCGACAAAUACUUACAGUAACCAUAAGAACGCAUAAUUCUACCCUAUAAUCCUAACAGUUGAUAUUGAUUUCUAUCAUUUAGGCUCAGAAUAUUAGUAUAAUGUUGAAGUUGAGGGUGUCAUAUUUGAUGUGAUUGCUCCACCUGACUUUCUUGAUGAAGACAAUUUAGAGCCACUAGAAAAUGAUGAAUGAUUUUCUAGGUUCAUAAUGUC